ACCAGACCUGUCCAGGACCCCAGCACCAGACCUGUCCAGAGCCCCAGCACCAGACCUGUCCAGAGCCCCACCACCAGACCUGUCCAGAGCCCUGGCCCGUGUUCUGAGUGCUACAGAGAGUAGUGAGAAUCAGACUGAUCCUGGAGAUGGGCCUGCAGCUGAAGGCGACACAAGAUCUGCAGGGUCCCCCCAGGCUAGCCCCAGAUCUCCCCAGGGCCCGGAGCUCCUGGUGGGGUUUUCUUCGGGGCCUGGAGUGGUGGGGUCCGGCUGCGGUCUUGGAGAGGAGCGGUACUUCAGUGUGAUGUGGUGCAAGGCCAGUAAGAAGAAGCACAAGCGCUGGGAGGGUGAUGCCGUGCUGGUGACCAGAGGACGGAGCGCCACGCUCAAGGACAUGGAGGGAAAAGACUUCGGCAAAGGUAGUGGAUACAAGGUGUCGGAGCUGGUCUCUCUGUGUGAGGGGGAGAGUCUGAUGGUGGGGGGGAAGGAGGUGGAGAUCAUGGGGGUGAUUUCAGACGAGGAUUUCGCCAGAGGGCGCUGUUUCCAUGACGUCCAAAUCGACAAAGAGGAGCCACAAUCAGCCCCGCCCCCUUCUCGAAGACCCGCCUCCAAGCCGUUCUGUCGACCGACGCUAUUGGGUGCAGCGCAGAUGGGAGGGGCCAGGCAGCCACAGGGGGAGCACACCUGCAGGCCUCGUCACGACCCACUAGCUCCAGGUGCUCUAGUGAUGCCGCGACCCUCAGCCAAUCACCAGUGGGCGUGUAACAAGGCGGGCCUCCCGGUGGUGGACGUGGUGGUCGACCCUCACCUGACCUCUCACCUGCGCCCCCACCAGAGAGAGGGGCUGCUGUUCCUGUAUGAGUGUGUCCUGGGGAUGAGGGCUGCGGGGCGCUGCGGGGCGAUCCUGGCUGAUGAGAUGGGGCUGGGGAAGACACUGCAGGGUGUGGCCCUAGCCUGGACGCUGCUGAGGCAGGGGCCCUACGGCGGGAGGCCCCUGGCUAAGCGGGUGCUAGUGGUUGCCCCCGGCAGCCUGGUCCAGAACUGGGGGGCGGAGUUUAACAAGUGGCUGGGCCGUGAGAGGAUCAGUGUGUUCCCUGUGGACCAGGACCACAGGGUGGAGCAGUAUGUAGCGUCUCCUCUACACAGUGUUCUGGUCAUCAGCUAUGAGAUGCUGCUGCGCUCUGUGGAGCAGGUCCAGAAGCUGGACUUUGGGCUGGUGAUCUGUGACGAGGGCCACAGGCUGAAGAACAGCAGCAUCAAGACGUCUUCAGCUCUCAGUGGCCUCAGCUGUUCACGCAGAGUUAUACUGACAGGCACCCCUGUGCAGAACGACCUGCAGGAGUUCUACUCCAUCAUAGAGUUUGUGAACCCGGGGGUCCUGGGGUCUGCUGCUGCGUACAGGAAGCUGUACGAGGAGCCGCUGGUGCGCUCCAGACAGCCCUCCUGUACAGAGGAGGAGAGGGUGUUGGGAGAGGAGCGGGCGUGCGAGCUCUCGCGUCGGACUAGCUUGUUCAUUCUGAGGCGGACCCAGGAGAUCAUCAACCGCUACCUGCCCCCGCGAUCGGAUUGGACGUUGUUCUGUGGCCCCGCCCCCCUACAGAGGGAGCUGUACCAGACGCUCUCCCAGCGCGUGUUCCGCACCUGCCUGCAGGGGGCGAUGAGCACCACACACCUGGCCUGCAUCACCGCCCUGAAGAAGCUCUGCAACCACCCAGGACUGCUGUACUCCACUGUAAAGGACAGGACAGAAGGUGGUUCGGUGGAGAGCUCUCUGUACGAGGGGCUGCUGAAUGCCUUCCCAGAGAACUUCUCCUCAGGAGGUUUCAGGACUGCUGACUCAGGGAAGCUGCUAGUGCUGUCAGACCUGCUGGCUGCAGUCAGAUCCCUCAGCCCUUCAGACAGGGUUGUCCUGGUCUCUAACUACACACAGACUCUGGAUAUUCUCCAGGACCUGUGUGUCCACCUGAGCUACACCUUCUGCCGUCUAGACGGACACACUCCCACCAUGCAGAGACAGCGCCUGGUCGACAGCUUCAACAGCCCCCACUCCAAGACCUUUGUCUUCCUGUUGAGCUCCAAAGCAGGGGGGUUGGGGCUGAACCUGGUGGGUGCCUCCCAUCUGGUCCUGUAUGACAUCGACUGGAACCCUGCUAACGACAUCCAGGCUAUGGCCCGCGUGUGGAGAGAUGGUCAGAAAAAGACUGUGCAUACCUAUCGUCUGCUCACUGCUGGCACCAUUGAGGAGCGUAUCUUCCAGAGGCAGGUGUCCAAGCAGGGCCUCUCUGGGACUGUGGUGGACCUGGGAAAAGGGGCGGAGCACACCAGCUUCUCCUCCAAUGAGCUUCGAGAUCUUUUCAGUUUUACGGACACGCCCUCUCUCACUCACGAGCUGCUGGACUGCAGAUGUAGUAUGGACGGCUCGUCCCACGUCCCGGAGGAGGAGGAGGAGGAGGAGCCGGGAAGAGACAGGCCUUGCCAACUGGGUCGUCAAGGUGACCGUGGGGGCGUGGGCCAGAAGCAUCUGAGCAUGUCUGAGCUGAUGCAGUGGAGACACUUCUCUGGAGCCACACACACCUUCACAGAUCCCUACCUGGAGCAGGCUCGCAACCACAUCUCCUUCGCCUUCCAGUCUACUGUCUCUCACACACCUCACUGAUACACACAUACACUCACGUCACUGCACCCAACCACACACACACAGAGAUGUCAAGUAACAAACACCUUAUGAGAAAAUGUUAUGGUUGACAUGAAUGAUAUUGUAUGUAUAAAGCAUUGACUUCAGAUGUUCCACCAGAGGACUGUGACUGGAACCUGACAACUGAAACACCUGUCCUUCACUCCUCAGGGGACCUGAGGCACACCCCACACGCUGGGUUUUACUGAUGUGUGUUUGAUCAACAGUAGGCUAUCAUUUGUGUCUACAUUUUUCAUAAUAAAAUGAGGA